AUGAAUACUCUAGUUUUUCAAACGAUAACAGUAUUAGUCUCCAUUAUAUCGAGUUCUGUGGCUCAAGCCGGAAAUAUACCAGCGGUUAUAGCAUUCGGAGAUUCGAUACUCGAUACAGGCAACAACAAUAAUCUUAGGACAUUAACUAAAGUUAAUUUCUUUCCGUAUGGAAGAGAUUUGGUAACUCGAAGAGCCACAGGAAGAUUUGGCAAUGGAAGAAUUCCUACAGAUUUGAUUGCCGAAGGUUUGGGAGUAAAGAACAUCGUACCAGCUUAUCGAAGUCCAUUCCUUCAACCCAACGAUAUCUUAACCGGUGUUAGUUUUGCUUCUGGUGGUUCCGGUUUAGAUCCAGUGACCUCGAGGAUUCAGGGAGUAAUUGGGGUGGCGGACCAAUUAAACGACUUCAAAGCAUACAUAGCAAAGCUAAAUAGCAUAACGGGAGAUGAAGAGAAAACGAGAUCAAUUAUCUCAAACGCAGUGUUUGUCAUUUCCGCUGGAAAUAACGAUAUUGCCAUCACGUUUUUCCAAACUCCAGCAAGAGUCACACGUUAUACCGUCUUCUCCUACACCGACUUGUUGAAUUCAUGGACUCAAUCAUUCAUUCAGGAGUUAUAUAAUUUGGGAGCGAGAAAAUUUGCGGUAAUGGGAACGUUACCGUUGGGAUGCCUACCAGGAUCAAGCAACCUUCUAGGAGGGAUGUGUCUAGAACCCGCAAACGCAGUCUCAAGACUAUUCAACCAGAAGCUAGCCAACUCUGUCAACAAUCUCAAUUCUAUGCUCCCUGGUUCUCGUUCCAUCUACCUCGACAUGUAUAAUCCUCUUCUUGACCUCGUCAAAAACCCUCUCCGAUAUGGAUUUACCUCACCGACUAGGCCUUGCUGCUGUGCUCCAGCGGCUCCGGUACCGUGCUUGGAUGCAUCUCGACAUGUGUUUUGGGACAUUGCGCACCCUUCCGAGAAAGCUUAUCAGACUAUUCUCCCUCACAUUAUCCAACAAAUCCAACAAAGCUUCGCUUGAUUUUGGGUGUCUUCGUCUUCCCUC